UAAUUACUGAUCUUCCACACGACUUCUCCAACCGUCUGAUGACUUCUAUAAUAUUUGUUUCACAGCUUGUAAAUCCGGGUGAAGAUCUGAACAAUAUUAAUCCUACAGAGACAUAUGUGAGGGGUGAUGAGCAGAGUAUAGAGGACAUUCCUACAGAUAACCGCCCAGAUGACUGCACCAGGAGCUCAGAGGGACAUGGGAUAUCUUCACAACACACUCAAGAUGUAUAUGAACAGCACGUGAUUAUCCCAGAUGCAUCCUCAGACUUUCACAGCAAAGAUCCAUCUUCUGAUUUUUUUCAAUGGAUCCGAUCUUCUGAUUUAUCACAGACUGUUAAGCAAAACAAAGAACACAGAAGGGGUGAACAUCAAAGACCAGAGAAGCAAUUUUCAUGUUCAGAAUGUGGGAAAUGUUUUCAACGGAAAUCAAAUCUUGUUAGACAUCUGAGAACUCACACAGGGGAAAAGCCAUUUUCAUGCUCAGAAUGCGAGAAAGGUUUUAAUGCUAAAUCAGAUCUUGUUAAACAUCAAAGAAUUCACACAGGGGAGAAGCCAUUUUCAUGUUUAGAAUGUGGGAAAUAUUUUACCCAGAAGCAAGAGGUUGUUUUACAUCAGAGAACUCACACAGGGGAGAAGCCAUUUUCAUGCUCAGAAUGCGAGAAAUGUUUUUAUCAUAAAGCAAAUCUUGUUAGACAUCUGAGAACUCACACAGGGGAGAAGCUAUUUUCAUGCUCAGAAUGCGAGAAAUGUUUUAAUGCUAAAUCAGAUCUUGUUAAACAUCAAAGAAUACACACAGGGGAGAAGCCAUUUUCAUGUUCAGAAUGCGGGAAAUAUUUUACCCAGAAGCAUGAUGUUGUUUUACAUCAGAUAACUCACACAGGGGAGAAGCCAUUUUCAUGCUCAGAAUGUGGGAAAUGUUUUUCUCAGAAAGCACAUCUUGUUAAACAUCAGAGAACUCACACAGGGGAGAAGCCAUUUUCAUGCUCAGAAUGUGGGAAAUGUUUUAAUUAUAAAUCAGAUCUUGUUAAACAUCAAAGAAUACACACAGGGGAGAAGCCAUUUUCAUGUUCAGAAUGCAGGAAAUGUUUUAUCCAGAAGCACGAACUUGUUGUACAUCAGAGAACUCACACAGGGGAGAAGUCAUUUUCAUGUUCAGAAUGUGGGAAAUGUUUUUCUCAGAAAAUACAUCUUGUUAAACAUCAGAGAACUCACACAGGGGAGAAGCCAUUUUCAUGUUCAGAAUGUGGGAAAUGUUUUUCUCGGAAAACAAAUCUUGUUAAACAUCAGCUAAUUCACACAGGGGAGAAGCCAUUUUUAUGCUCGGAAUGCGGGAAAUGGAAAUGUCUUGGUUACCAUCAGAAAACUCAUACAGGGGAAAAGCCAAAGCUUUCAAGUUGCAGUCAAAGCAAGGGAAAUUAAUUUAAAGCACUAAAUGAUUGACAAAUUUCUGUAUUUACCAAUAAAUGUCUUAUUCAAAAGCAUAUAGAAACUUAGCACUUUGCUUUUAAGAUGGUGCAGAAGACAACAUGAAGAGCACAAUAAAAACACUAUGUAUUGUAGAUUUUGGUGUGGAAUUUUUGUGUAUUUUAACAACUCAGUCAUAGUCCAUGGUAAAACCACAAUACAGCAAUCGUGGAUCCACACAAAUAAUUGACUUGCUGUAAAUUUUUAAAGCCACACCACAGGUCAAUUUCCAUGCGUACAAAAUACGCACAGUGGUAUAUGAGAUUUGGUAGGUCUCAUUGAUUUCGUGGGUGCUGUAUUACGCUGUAACUUGCAGCAUGUGCAGUAGU